AUGAUGUGUUCUUCCCCUUUAAACUGUCUUUUGAAUUUUGUGUUCCUUUUUUUUGCUAAACAUGAUUGUGAAGCUUCUGAAUUUACCUUACAAGGUGACUAUAUAAUUGGGGGUGUUUUUUCUGUGCAUUCAGCUGCUGAUCCAGGAAUCCCGAGUUUUCCUGUGGCUCUUAAUUGCUCAACGACUUCAUUUUCAAUGGCGGAUUAUCGGAAGUUUGAGGUGAUGAGGUUUGCUGUAGAAGAAAUCAAUAACUCCUCUACACUUCUGCCAAAUGUUUCUAUUGGCUAUAAGAUCUUUGACAUUUGCUAUUAUAUUCAGAAUUUACCUUCUUAUCUUGAUUUCAUCUCUCUGAAUGGGCAAAUAAAAGUGGAACCAAAUUCUAAGAAUUAUAGACACAAUGUUAUUGGUCUUGUGGGUCCAUAUGGAAGCGAAGAGGCUUUGGCUGUUGCACCAUUGUUCAUGAUGGACUUAAUUCCAAUGAUUAGCUAUGCUGCUUCCAGCUCCACGUUAAGUAACAAGUUGCUAUAUCCAUCUUUUUUGAGGACAGUACCAACCAACAAUAAUGAAAUACAAUUGAUCAUUCAAAUCAUACAAUGGUUUGGAUGGAACUGGGUGGCUUUCAUUGGCAGUAAUGAUGAAUACAGUCAAAAUGGACUUGACUUAUUUCGCCAGAACAUUAACGGUACUGGUAUAUGCUUGGCAUACACAACUGAACUUGAGACAAUUUCAGAUAAUGAGGAGAUACUACAAAGGAUUGAAUCACUGAAUAUUAAUGUGAUCAUAGUUUUUACCCUGGAAAACUAUGCCCGAAGCUUUAUUAGAUCAGCUAUAAAGAUCAAUAUAAAAGACAAAGUUUGGAUAGCAGGUGAUGCAUGGUCUAUGGACAGCGAGCUCUCAGGUGUGCCUGGGAUUGGACAGAUUGGAACCAUUUUUGGAGUUUCAGAAAUUACUCUGAAUUUAAUUGGAUUCAAAGACUUUCUCUACCAAUCGCGAUUGAAGACUGAAGUUGCUGAGUGUGUGAACUGUGAGGGCGGGCCAGUUGGAGCAACCUGCAAUCAAGUUUGUGAAAAUUGUACAAGCUUGAGUCCAGAGGCAAUUUUGAAUGAAAGUCCUUCAUUUUCUUUUGCUGUCUACUCAGCCGUGUACACCCUAGCCCAUGCAUUGCAUCACUCACUUAACUGCAGUGCAAUGGGGUGCAGCAAAAUUCAAUAUAUCCCACCUUAUUUGCUUCUACAAAAUGUGAAAAGGUCAAACUUCACAUUGCAAAACAGAGAUAUUGAAUAUGACAUGAAUGGAGACCCACCAGCUAGUUUGUCUGUAGUGCUCUGGAGGCCACAUAAAACCCCCUUCUUUCAGAUAGUUGGAACAUAUGACACACACCCUGUUCAGUUUACAUUAAACAGUUACUUGAUUCCCUGGUAUCAAAAUGGCACAGUUCCUUUUUCUAAUUGUUCUGUUGAAUGUGACACUGGUUCUGCAAGAGUGCAACAGUCAAUACAAAAGUGCUGUUUUCAAUGUAAAAAAUGCGAGGCUAACACUUACAUCAACACCACAGUGGACCGUUAUACCUGUGUACCGUGUAAGGAAGGAGAAUGGUCUGAGGAACAGAGCACGUUCUGUAGGACGCGUUCGGUUGUGUACUUGCAGUACAGGGAUCCUCUUUGUGUGCUUUUUCUGUUGUCUUCUGGAUCCUUCAUUGUCCUGUCCAUUGGAGUCAUCAUCCUAUUUGCUUACAACUACAACACUCCGGUCGUGAGGUCUGCAGGUGGCGGCAUGUGCUUCCUUAUGUUGCUUUCUUUGAGUGUGUCUAACAUUGGGGCAUUCUUCUAUUUUGGAGUACCUCAGCCAGUGAACUGUGCCUUAAGGGACACACUUUUCAUCUUUUUCUACACUAUUUGCCUUUCUUGCAUGGCCGCCCGCUCCUUCCAGAUUGUUUGCAUCUUCAAAAUGGCAGCCAAGUUCCCGAAGGUCUACAGCUGGUGGGUGAGGUACAAUGGCCAGUGGCUUUGUCUUGCUGUAUACACUGCUUUGCACUUCAUUGCUUGUGGGGUUUGGCUUCUAUUUGGGAGGCCCAAACCCUACAAUGACAACACAUCUUUUAAUGACCAGACUAUUCUCACCUGUGGCAUAGGUACUACCUUCACAUAUGUCUUUGUUUGGUCUUUUCUCUGGUUUCUUAGUGUUGUGUGCUUUUGUUUCUCCUACAUGGGAAAAGAUCUUCCAAAAAAUUAUAAUGAGGCCAAAUCCAUUACGUUUAGCCUGGUUUUAUUUUACAUGUGCUGGAUUACCUAUUUCACAGCAUAUAUGAUGCUCAGAGGACAGUAUAUACAGCUUCUCAGUGCAGCUGCACAGCUUUCCAGCUCAUAUGGAAUUAUGUUUAGUUUCUUCAUCCCAAGGUCUUUCAUCAUUAUCUUUCAACCACAAAAAAACACUCCUGCAUACUUUCAGACUUCAAUUCAGACUUACACCAAGACUAUUAGCAAAAUGUAG